AACAUAUUCUGUGCCCUUCAGAGUAAUAGUUGCUAUUGUUAUCUCUUCACUAGCCAUCUCCUCCUCCUGCUGCUGCCAUAUAUUUGUGUAGUCAGUGUUUCAGAAAUGACAAAGAUGAGCAGCAUGAGAGCUGAUGGCAGUGUCCCCAAGAGAAGGAGGCAAGAUGUUCAGAAGGUUGUGGUGUCUUUGAAGGAUCACAAGGUUGUGCAAGGGCCACCUGCUGACAGUUGGUCCUGGAGAAAAUAUGGGCAGAAGCCAAUCAAGGGAUCUCCUCAUCCUAGAGGCUACUACAAAUGCAGUAGUUACAGGGGUUGCCCAGCCAGGAAGCAAGUAGACAAGUGCAGGAAUGAUGCAUCUCUGCUCAUCAUCACCUACACCUCAGAUCACAACCAUGACAAGUAUACUGCUACAAGUUCAGUCCAAGAACAAAAACAUAAUCCUGACAGUACCGAUGCAGGUGCUGUUCUCAGCAAUGGCAUGGCCCUUGCUGAAGUAACAGUUGCAUCCUCCAAGCUGAACAAUGAAGAGGAGAGCUGUGACUUCUUUGAUGAGCUUGAGGAGCUACCAGUGUCAGCAUCUCCCUUGCCAAGCCUGUCUUUCAUGGUCCAAGAUAGCUGCUUCUCUGAUGCAAGAACACGGUUAUUAUAGGCAAAAAGCUAAUGUCACAU